UGGUUCCCGGGUUCCGCUCCCAAGUGCUCAGCGCCGCUGCCAGGGCUGAAGGCAAUCCUGCAGGCUGCCUGACCCCAUCCAGAGAAGCGCCAUGGGCCGAAUCACAGAAGAUCUUAUUAGACGGAAUGCUGAACACAAUGACUGUGUAAUUUUUUCCCUGGAGGAACUUUCCUUGCAUCAGCAAGAAAUAGAAAGACUGGAACAUAUUGACAAAUGGUGCCGGGAUUUAAAAAUUCUCUAUCUUCAAAAUAACCUCAUUGGAAAAAUUGAAAAUGUUAGCAAACUCAAGAAACUUGAAUAUUUGAAUUUAGCUUUAAACAACAUUGAAAAAAUUGAAAAUUUGGAAGGCUGUGAAGAUCUGACAAAACUUGACUUGACUGUGAAUUUCAUUGGAGAGUUGAGCAGCAUUAAAACCCUGAAGCACAAUAUUCACCUGAAGGAGCUCUUUCUCAUGGGCAACCCAUGCGCUGACUUUGAUGGCUACAGGCAGUUCGUGGUGGUGAUGCUGCCACAACUAAAGUGGUUGGAUGGUAAAGAAAUAGAACGUUCUGAAAGGAUUCAGGCAAUGCAGAACUACUCAGCAGUUGAACAGCAAAUCAGAGAGCAAGAAGAAGCUUACUGCCUUAGACGAGCCAAAGAGAAAGAAGAGGCUCAGAGGAAACUUGAGGAAGAAAAGGAAAUUGAAGACAAGAAGAGACGCAACCCAGGCUUCGAUAGGCGUUGGUACACAGACACCCAUGCCGCUCUCCCAGUUUCCACAGAGAACAAAGACCACCUGCAGGUACUGAAAUCACAGGAAGAGGAACACGUCAUGGGGACAUUAGAUGAGAAUGAAGAUGACAUGGCAUUCUGGAAUAAGCCCUCUUCCUUUACUCCUGAGUCUAGACUGGAAACUCUUAGACACAUGGAAAAACAACGUCAAGCCCAAGAAAAAUUAAGCAAAAAUGAGAAAGUUAAACCACCCCGGACUUUGAUCACUGAAGAUGGGAAGGUCCUAAAUGUUAAUGAGGCCAAGCUCGACUUCUCUUUGAAGGAUGAUGAGAAACAUAACCAGCUCAUCCUGGACCUGGCUGUCUAUAGGUACAUGGAUACCUCUUUAAUUGAGGUUGAUGUGCAGCCAACUUAUGUGCGAGUCAUGGUCAAAGGAAAGCCAUUUCAGCUCAUCCUUUCUGCAGAAGUCCAACCUGACAGAAGUUCUGCUAAAAGGUCUCAGACAACGGGUCAUUUGGUAAUCUGCAUGCCAAAGGUAGGAGACGUGAUCACAGGAGGCCGACCAACAUCCAAGUCUGUGGAGACCACUUCAGACAAUAACGGAGAGCAAACAAACCCAAGAAAAAAGAAAAUUGAAAGACUGGAAGUUGAUCCUAGCAAGCAUUCCUAUCCUGAUGUGACUACCAUAGUCCAGGAGAAAAAAUACAAACCCAAAAGUUUGAAAUCCCAGCCCAAAAUUUUACCCAGUGAGGAAGAUCCAGACUUUGAAGAUAACCCAGAAGUGCCUCCACUGAUCUGAAACUCCAGGCUGUGCAAUCACUGACUGGGGCCCUGCAGACCCCAUGUUGCUUGAUGCAGAGAGCAGAUGCAUUUCAGUUAUGGGGUAAACACAAAGUUAACUAUCACUGGUACUACUUUGAUGUUUGAAAUUUUAACGUGCAUAGUAACAUUUUAAGUGAGUUUAAAAUUAAAGCACAUUCUUUAAAUAUUCUAUAAUUACUUCCAGUCUCUCAUUAGGACUAACUAGCAGAAACGGUAAAAUGAUAGAACUAUUACAUGCAGCAUGAUGCUUGCUUAUGUAAUAGAUUGAGUCAUGUGGAAAAGGACUUGAGAAAAUCAGUUCAGUUGAAAAAUAGAAGCUGGCCAGGCAUGGUGGCGCACGCCUUUAAUCCCAGCACUCAGGAGGCAGAGGCAGAGGCAGGU